GCGAAGCCCGGUCUCCGGGUAAGAUGGCAGCGGACGGACAGUGCUCGCUCCCUGCUUCAUGGCGGCCGGUGACCCUCACCCACGUCGAGUAUCCUGCAGGUGAUCUCUCUGGCCACCUCCUUGCCUACCUGAGCCUUAGCCCUGUAUUUGUCAUCGUUGGUUUCGUGACCCUCAUCAUAUUUAAGCGGGAGCUGCACACGAUCUCGUUCCUGGGGGGCCUGGCACUGAACGAGGGGGUCAACUGGCUGAUCAAACACGUCAUCCAGGAGCCUCGGCCCUGUGGAGGUCCCCACACAGCAGUGGGCACCAAGUACGGGAUGCCCUCCAGCCAUUCCCAGUUUAUGUGGUUCUUCUCCGUCUAUUCCUUCCUUUUCCUAUAUUUAAGAAUGCACCAAACCAACAACGCCAGGUUCUUGGACUUGCUGUGGAGGCACGUGCUCUCCCUGGGGCUCCUCACCGCGGCCUUUCUAGUCUCCUACAGCAGGGUCUACCUGCUGUACCACACCUGGAGCCAGGUACUCUAUGGAGGCAUCGCUGGAGGUCUCAUGGCUAUCGCCUGGUUUGUCUUCACCCAGGAGGUCCUUACUCCGCUGUUCCCCAGGAUAGCAGCCUGGCCUAUCUCCGAGUUCUUCUUAAUCCGAGACACAAGCCUCAUUCCCAACGUGCUCUGGUUUGAGUACACAGUAACCCGGGCAGAAGCCAGGAACAGACAACGUAAGCUGGGGACGAAACUGCAGUGACUGGUGGGUGUGGCUGGGUCCAGCCCCCAGAUCUGGCUUGCACCAUGCCUUGCAGGAUGGACAGAAUGACAGACAAGGGAUGAAGCAGAGACCUCUACAGACCCAAGUCACCAAGUGGAGCCUUUUUUUUCCUUAUUUUAAUUUUAAUGAACAAGGUGGACCAAAGGGCCGAGCCAGCCCCUCAACCAGGACCCUGGAGGGCCUGCUGCCUGGGGCCACACGGCCAGAGACCCUCGCUGUGCUGCUGCCAGCCCCCGGCCCGGCGGAAAGUGCCCUUGCUGUGGGCACCUGGGUGUGGGGUAGAGGAGGAGGGCUUGAGCCUCUGGUCUCAGAGGUGGCGUGAAAAGUACACACUAUUUAUUUUUUGGUUUUCUCAAAGGCAGACAGGAUUUUGGAGAUGGGGCUAAGAAGAGCCACUCUCCAGUGGCUGCCCUGUGUGAAGAGUGGCCCAGGUCAGCCCCCAGGCCCUUCACCCUGAGUCCAGGGGGCAGACUGCCUCUCCCUGGGCCCGAGGGAUGGCCUGGGGGGGUCAGGAGGAGGGGAGCAUCCCCUGUGCCCUCCCUGCCACCAUUGCCAUUCCAGAACCUCGUUCAGUGUUUCCUUGUCUGGGGGCAGGGCCCAGAGCGAGCACGCGUCUGGCGGCUGCUAUUACCUUGUUCUACCCCUGAUCGACGCUACACCACAAGGGCUUUCUCUGGUUCCCUGUCCCCAAGACAGUAGUCCCUUUCUGACAAAAGAGCCUGCACGUGAGGGUGAGCAAACCCAAGCUGUUUACAGCUCAUCCUGUCCCGCCGUCUAGCAGCAGUCAGUCCUCGUCCCACUCGAACAAAGUGCAAGGGACAGGAGCCAGGAGGAGAGGAGUGAAGCAGUGGGUGCCUGAAGUCCCCUGCCCUUUCCUCUGUGCUCUGAAUAUGUCCUUGUCCCUCCUCACCCACCUCCGACUGGCUGGGAACCUGUUUGGGGUCAUCCUCGAGCCUGUGUCCUGGGUGUGGGCUCAGAUCCCUGCCAGCCCAGUUCAGAGGAGCCUCUUCCUAAAGGGACCCAUCUCUAAGUGGCUCUGAAACAGAGUUGUGGACAGGAGAUGCUUCCAGGCUCUCAGAAGUUUCAAGAACUGAACUAGGCCCCUCGGGAUCUGUGUUUGAAUCCUUCCCCCCUCUUUUUAUUUCUUUGUGGAGGUUUCCUAACCUGCUGCUGAAGCACAACAUUUUGGUGCUUUCUUUUCUCAUUUGUUAAAGACAGUGUCCAAAAGCCAUUCCGGAUGCCAGGACCAGGGGCUUAUUUCUAGGGAAGGUAGGUGAGUUCCCACAUUUCCCUCCUCUUCCCUUAUUAUUUUUAUUUUUUACUUUUUGCCUGAGACAAGUCGAGUGUGAGGUGGUUUGAUUUAAGAAAAAUCAAUGAAAUUAUUUACUAUUGUUUUAAAAUAAAAUCUUAAACUCUGGC